AAUCACAUUUCUAUAAUUGUUUCUAAUUUUACACUGUAUUAGAUAACUAUUUGCAUUACAAGUGAUUGUGUCAUGAUAGCAAUAGCUGUUACUCUACAGGUGUUGCUGUAGCUGAAGUUGUAGGUUUUUAACACAGAAGAUGAAAACAAUCGUGAGAGAAAGGCAAGGGUGAGAUUGAGAGGUGCAUUAAGUUAUCGCAACAUUCUGUACACAUUAGUAUUAAAAUAUGGUAACCGUGGACUGUCUCUUUUCAGUAUAAACAACCCCAUCUUCCUUACACUCCUGUAUCUACAUGUGCUUACACGAUCUCAAUCCCAGACUCCUUUCAAGAACGAGGACAAAAACAAUUACUCAUUUUCUCAACUUUGCGGAUUGCUGAAACGGUGUAAGGAAAGGGAGGAUUCGUAGAACUGAAAUGCACAUUAAAAUGCCCAUUAAAACUCAAACCGAGUCAUAUCCGGCUCCUGGAUCCGAAGAGAUCCACCUGCGAACCACUCGCAAACGAUCAGGCGAAGUAGCAGUCCAUUUCCGCCGGCCGGAAACAAACACCUGCCGUUCUCGUUCCUACCGUUGAUCUUUUAUACCUAACCACGCCCCCUUCAUUGAUAAUUUCACCCCUCAGACGUCACCUGCCACAUAAGCAUUUUUAAAUAAGCAGGUUACAUUUAAGAACACGACAAUUUAUCCAACCAAACUACUCUUAUGAAGGUGCGUAUGGAAAGCAUGCCAAAUAAAAAACAAAACCCGCGGUAUAGAUACGCAAAAAUGGACGUUUUCCGUGUUUGUGCUACGUUAUGGGUAGGAUGAGGGUUGGAAAGUAGAGACGUAUCAUAUGUACGCGAAAACUGCGUGCCGUUUGCACACCAACAAAUUUCGUAUCAUAUGCACGCAAAGACUGCGUAUCAUAUACACGUCCUAUAUAGGCCAAAGUCCGUUUUUGCGUAUCAAUACCACGAGUUUUUCGUUUUCGCCUAUUUAUAGGCAUUUUCAUGACACCGGAAUGAACUAAAAUAUUUGACAGAACAAACAUGAUUUUAGUUGCUGGAGGGAAGUUUGUUCUUAAUGCUGAGAUAUGUGUGUAAAAGUUCUGAGAAUGGUAGUUUCUCUUUUGCUUUAGCAACAGGUUUUUUUGCGUAUUCAAAUAGUCCUGUGACAAACGAAGACUUAAAAAAACAUUUCAGCAUUUGUAACCUUCUUCAACAUCUUGUAUUGCUCCUAGAUCUACUUUACUGCCCAGAUCUAAUCCUGCCUUGUUCUCUAUACUUCUAACCUACCCGCAACCGCAUUUUUUUUGCAGCAUAGCUUUCUCCAGUUAUCUUACAGGUAGCUCGGAUCUUUCCCAAUGAGAAACAAUGUCGAUGGAGGCACGAUGGAAACGCAUCUAUUCAAGCUGAAAAAGAAAUUGAUUUUUUUUCUUGCUUUGUUCUGUUUUAAUCUGUGCAAAGAUGAUGGGAAUGAUUUCGCGAGAGAUGAAAUGGUGACCCGAGUGACUGAGAGAGAUUUCAUCAUUCUUCACGACGAUAUUACCGAAACGCAGCGAGUCGACCGCGUGCUGUGGAUGUUCGGAUCUCCAUAUAUUCACACCCCUGAAAUCUACGAAAGGAUCAUCUCAACCUCAGACAGUUAUGGGGGUUUUAGGGACAAGCUGAGGAGAUCUCACAUCAUCUGGAGUUUCAGCAGCACAUACGGGGCGACUCAAAAUCAACUGUUCCUUUCCAGAUCCUCCGUAAGAGUUGUACAGAAUGUUUUAGCGAUGGAGGGAGAACGUGUGAUAUUUUACCCCAAUGCUACCGAAAUAGAAAGAGGUGAUUUGCUACAGUGGAGGUCUGCAGAUGGAGGUCAUCUGUGUAAAGCGAUAAGCAAUGAAAUGAAAAUCACUGAAUGUGACGAGAGCUUCGGAGACAGAUUUCAGCUUGAUUAUCAGAGAGGAUCUCUCACUAUCAGGAACAUAAGCGCAAAGGACCCCGGACUUUAUGAAUUUACCAUCAUCCGAAAAGGAACUAUAAAAGCAUGCAUGCGUUAUAGUGUUAAAGUCUACGAUUCAUCAGAGUCCAGAUGUUCGCUGCUGUGUUCGGUGUUGAACGUGAGUCAUGUGACUCUCUCCUGGUACAAAGGAAACAGUUUAUUGUCCAGCAUCAGUGUGUCUGAUCUCAGCAUCAGUCUCUCUCUACCUCUGGAGGUGGAAUAUCAGGAGAAUAACACCUACAGCUGUGUGAUCAACAACCCCAUCAGAAAGCAGACCACACAUCUGAACAUCAGUCAACUCUGUCAGACAUGUGAAGAACUCCUACAUUCAUCAUUAUCUUCAUUAUCAUUACUAUAUAUACUACUUAUUUUAGUAGUUUUGGUCUUGACUGCAGUGGUUGCGAAGAUGUAUCGCAGAAGGAAUCCCAGAGAAGAAUUUCCAUGGUCACAUGACACUUGGUGAUUGUCCUAGACUACUAUUUCCACAUGAAUCCUGAUAAGUUUGAAAGUUUUUUUUUCCUGUGCAAACUGACCUUUUUGAAGACUUCAAAGCGGAUGCAUUUUAAAAGUCCAUUUUCAUGUUGUCAUAUAGUGUGGGCUGCGAAAACAGAGGAAUUCGAAAACGUUCCAGUUUAGUCCUGUGAUGCACAUUGUACCCAGAUAUCACAGAUUGUAUACUGACAUAGUUGUGCCUGCUUUUUUGAACUUCGACUCAGAGUAAAAUUGAAAGUGAAAGUGAAAGUGAAUGACUGACAGCUAAAACUGCAUUAGCAUCACAUUCUCCAUACGUCAUGGCCUCAAGGUGCUAUGUUGAGGGAACAACAUCCAUUUCUUGUGGUAUUAUGUUGAGGGAACAACGUAUUUUUCUAGUGGCCAUGAGUUUGAGUAAACAAACCUGUCACCAUAGCAACCCAGGUUUUUUUUAUUUUUUAUUUUAUUAAUUGAUGAAUUAUUACGUAAAUUGUUCUAUUGUUUUAUAAUAUAAAUAACUGUAUCCAUAGGUUACUGGACUGUAUUGCAUGAUAUGUAAAUAAUUAAAAAACUACAUAUUGAAUAAUAAUAUCAUGAAUAAAUGUUACAUAAAGUAAAUAAAAUAGGCCAACACGAAAACAUUUC